GUUGGGGGUGUAGGCCACCCAGUCAAAGACAAUCAGAGAUGUUUGAGUUUCCAUGCGCAGUGACCAGGGAGGUAAAGCACAUAGCAGACUUCUACCCCUCCUCCUCCUUCAGUCCAAACCACACCGGGAGGCUUUUUUUUCUCAACAUCAAAUCUGACCAGAAGAACCCUUCCGUUUGAGGAAAAAAAUCGUUAUGCGAUUAGAUUUGUCUUUGUCGGAGGACAGAAGGAAACACUAGAUACGACCUGUUGUUGACGAUGAUGGAUUACUCGAAGGCGCAAAUGUCUAGCUUAUCCGAGGAAGGCAGUUCAGCUGGCUUUCCUCACUCCAUUCCUGCUGGGGUGAAACUGGAGGCAAUGAUGGAGCAUCUGCAGAGACAACAAGGAGCCAAACUGGAGAUGAACCUGCAAGAGAAGCAUCUGCAGGCUCAGCUGCUGUUUGCUCAGCACGCUGCUGCAGCCAGAGCCUCAGGCUCUCCUCUGGACUCUGUGUUGUUUCAACACGCUCCGCAAGUUCUGAAAAACCACCUCAGCAGAAUGGAUCCAGAUGAAGAUGAAGACACGGAUGAGGAGGAGCAGGAGAUGGCUGACAAUGAUGAUGAGGAGGAGGAGGAAGAGGAUGAGGAAGAGGAGAAUGGGCCUCAUCAACUGGCAAAGAAGCUCAGACUACAUCCGGUUCCUGGUUUCCACUUCUCUACUUAUCCCACAUCUCAAUCAGCUACUAUGAAGGAAACAUCUGCAUCUCCACCUCCCGCAGUAAAACAGGAGCAUGAGGAGAAGGACAUCCUGUCUCCUGCUGGUCAACACUCCUUCACAUCAGCCAAUGGCCUUUCUGACUGGGGCUAUGAUGAGCCAUUAAAACAGAGAGGAAGUGCCGUCUGGACCGAGGAAAAUGAUGGAGGAAAAGUAAGAGGAGAACCAUCCAGGGAUUUUGCCAAGCUGUAUGAACUGGACAAUGACCCACAGAGGAAGGAGUUUCUUGAUGACCUCUUUGUCUUUAUGCAGAAAAGGGGAACUCCUGUGAACCGUAUCCCCAUCAUGGCAAAGCAGGUGCUGGACUUGUACCGACUUUACAAGCUUGUGACGGAGAAGGGAGGCCUGGUGGAGGUUAUUAACAAGAAGAUCUGGAGGGAAAUCACCAAAGGUCUCAACCUCCCAACGUCCAUCACCAGCGCUGCGUUCACCCUCCGCACCCAGUAUAUGAAGUAUCUGUACCCAUUUGAGUGCGAGAAGAAACGGCUGAGUUCUCCCGGUGAGCUGCAGGCUGCCAUCGACAGUAACCGCAGAGAAGGUCGACGUCCCAGCUACACAAACAGCCUGUACCGCUACUCUCCCUCCCCAAGUGCUACUCCGCAAUCUCUCCUCUCUUCUCCCUCAAUUCAAACCACACCAACGGCUCACAACAGCCUGAAUACCUCAGCGAGCCCAAACCUAAGGAGAAACACAGAUGAGACCACCACCCCUGUAAUUCCCAGCCGAUUGCCCAUGGCUCUGGCUUUGGGGCAGCAGCAGCAGCAGCAGUUGGCACAGGCUGCCACAAUAGAGCACCUCAGAGAGAGACUGGAGCGAGGAGCAGCAGGAGCAAUGACUGACACUCCAGAGAAGAAGAUGAUGCGGCUGGCAGAGGAGCAGCAGCGUCUCAUGCAGCAGGCCCUCCAACAAAACCUCCUGGCCAUGGCCUCUCACUUCAACCCUAUGAACCUCAAGCUUAACAAUGGACACGAGAACAAACAGGAUUUGUCCCUGAGUAUCUCCACUAAUGGAGCAGCCAGUAUCAGCAUGUCUGUGGAGGUUAAUGGAACUAUCUACUCAGGAAUGCUGUUUGCUCAGAAAUCUGUGGCUCCCGUGGCAUCACAGGCUGUAACUCAGGCAGGAACCAGUGGUUUCAGUGCCCUCUCCUCUCAUAGUCCCACAUCAUCAUCAUCCUCGACCUCCUCAAAAGGACCCAACUAAGGCUCUCAGACAAGCUCCGUAUAAACACUAUAGGGGCUGCAGCAUUGUUUUCAUUACUUUGAUAGUGUAAUGUGCUUUGAGUUGUUCUUGUUAAGAGCACGUUGUUGUUUGACCUCAGAUUCUUCCAGAGUGACUGCAGCUUUGAUUUGGAUCACAGUUUACCUCAGUGCCUGUCAGUGUCAGAAGCCUUUUUUGUUCCUUUUUUUUAGAUGUGCUGGCAUUUGUGUGUAAAGUGCUUUAACAAUGAUUAUUUAGAAGUGUCUUUAGAGCAGUAAAUGCACAAUGUGAACCAAUUCCAUCAUCUAGUGGAAAUCUCUUACACUUGAAGCUAAAUAUCAAACAGAUCUGGAGCUGCCUUUCCCCCACAGCUGUCUGUAGAACAGCGUGGACGCCAAAGUGCAGCUAGUGAAGACCAAAAAGCUGCAGCUCAGUAUCAUAACAUAUCUCCUGUUUAUAACGGCUUUUGCCAUUUUUUUUUAUCCCCAUAAAUGUAUUGUUUCACUUCAGUGGAAGAUCAUAGGGUCUGCUGUAGUGUUUACGGAUUAAUCAAAUAGAAUUUAAAGCAACUGAUCGUUGGUAUGAUUUUGGUUGGAUUUUCUUUCCUUUUGAAACAUGUUUUUUUUUUUUUUUUUUAACUAUUAUUUUAUAAUUUUCUUAUUUAAUCAUUUGGCCUGGCCUGAUAAAGUGCAAAGUUGUUUUAAUGUCAGCUGUGAGUCAAACAAAAAAAAGAAUUGGGCGAGACAUUCUCUCUUGGGAGAAAGAAUGGUUAGACAGAAGCGAUAUAUAUCAUUUACCUCAUUUGAUUUCCAUGUUAGUAAAUUUCAUGGGAAUUUAUUCUGGACUCAGGAAUGUCCUCUGGACUCAUUACUGUUAUGUUCCUUCUCAUAAUAUAUUGCCGUGUUGUAUUUGUAUAAACGCAAAGAAUGUAUCAUUAAUGACCUCAAGUAAACACUGAAACAGUACUACCUCACUCUUUUUGAGAAAUAUGCAAAUAAGUGUUGGUUUAGCCAUCUGCUGAAAUAGAUUAUCAUAUGUGGACAAUCAUGUGGACAUAUUACAUAAAAAAAUGUCACUGUGAUCUUGGCAACUGUAAAAGAAAAUCAAGGUUGAUGUUGAUUAACCAUGUGGCCAUGAGGAAUAAAGCAAUCAUGUGUGCUGUAGAAAA